AGAGGUAGGGCAAGGUAUCAUAUCCACGUUUGAUGUGAGUAAGGCAGCCACCAUCACAUAAAGUCUGUAGCAUGCCCUGAGUGUCUCGUCCUUCUCAUCUUCCAAUCCCCACUCUGUCUUGACCUCCCUUCCUCCUUCACCAGAAUCGAAUUUCAGCAACCUUACCCUUCGUACUUCUCCAAAACGCAGUCAGCAACACACAAUCGCCAUCAUGCCUGUCCCUGUCCUCAGCCAGCCACCCGGUAAACCCGACUCCAGCUAUGUAAUCCCCGUCUUCGGCGGCGAGCUCUGGACAAUCCCAACCUCAAACUCCGUCAUGCGCAUGCUCGUCACAGAAAAAGAAUCAAAAGGCGACUUUGCCGUAGUCUCCACAGGCGGCCAACAAGACAAUCCCAUCGGCUUCCACUACCACCGCGAAGCCCACGAUGUCUUUCUCUGCUUAAAGGGCAGCAUGAAUGUUUGGGCCAACGACUCUGCACGCACACUGCUUCCGGGUGACUUUGCUUCUGUGCCGCCUAAUGUGGUGCAUCAAUACCAAAUCCUGGGCUCGCACACCGAGUUUGCUGGAUUAAUUGUUCCUGGAGGUUGGGAAGAAUUCUUCAGAUUCAUCGGAGAGCCUUUUGCUUCUUCGCCAAUGGGUCCUUUGUUCCCUACCCGCGAUCGCAGAAAUCCCAUGGAGGUCUUGGUGCCCAAGCUUAUCGCCGCGACUGAAAAGUUCGACAUGAUCCCAAAGCGCGAUCAUAAAGGUGCUGAACCUACCCUUUGCACAAAAGACGAUGACAAACUCUCAAAUUCGGCAACAACACCGUACUUCCUCAAGGCAGAUGCUGGACCUAGAUAUGCUUCUGCUGGCUUACUGGUGAAGCCACUGUGUCAGAAGGCUGAUUCGAACGACAAGUUCAGUAUUGCAAGGAUUGAAGGAUCAGAGACGAUCAAAUCCCAGUACCUGGCUUACAAAACCUUGACGUUCGCAACUUCGCAUCAUUGCUUCUUGGUCGACAUGGGUUCUUUCCGUUUGACUGUUAAUGGUCAAGGCUCCACCAUCAGUGCCGGCGAGACCAUCUUUGUUCCUGCUGGGCAAGAGUUCACUCUUGAGGUUGCAAGUAGAUACUCUGCUCUCUACGUCUUUACCAACGGAGGUGGUUUAGUAGAACUGUUGGUCGGUAUGGGCAAGGAAUACCAAAGCCAGAUCAUUGCCGAAGAGUUCCCCACUGAGAAUGAUGAAGUCGAUGGAUUGGCCGACAAGGUCGGUGUCAAAAUUGGAGAACCUUUGUAGAGAUGUGAUUAAAUUGAACCAAUGAAGUCAUAACAACAAAAAAAAUUCGAGUACCAUGGCCAC